UUUUGCGGUAUCAUGUAAACCGAUCUGCAUUCCUCUUCUUCUUGUGUAUAAAAGAAAAGUCGAAGUGAAGUGAGCUCCUCUGGUCGGAGAGGAGCAGCAGAGAUGGCCGGAGCCGGGGAAGACGACGCAGCUCCUCCUCCCCCUUCUCCAGAUCGACAGCAGCCCAUGGAAGAGGCGGCGGCGGCGGCCAAGCGGAGCCGGUCGGAGAACCACCAUGGCCUCGCCGACGGGCCGUCCUUCCGGAUGGAGGACCUUCCGGCGGAGGUUCAGCCGGUUAUAAUCUCACUGCUCCCACUGAAAGAGGCCGUGAGGACGAGCAUUGUUUCAAGAAGUUGGACAACGCUCUGGAGAUUCCACUGCGACCUAUGUUUUGAUGUGGAUUCUAACACCGAUGACAAUUCCGCUCAUCAGGUCAAUGGCACUGGCACCAAUGACCAAUCCACUAAUCGGUAUAAUACCAAAAUAACACGGGCAAAGUUCAUGGAGACUGUAAAUUCCGUUAUUCAACGGCAUAGUGGGAUAGGAAUCAAUAAGUUCAGUAUCAGCUGUGACCUGCACAAAGAGGACUCUCAUCAUCUUGACAAGUGGAUUCGGUUUGCCGCUUCAUCAAAGGCAAAAAUAAUAGAUUUUCAUCGGAAGAUAUCUGAUUACCGAGUUGAAGAAGCUCCCCACUUUCCUCUUGAGGCCUUAGAUGCUCAAGGUAGCUCAUUUGUGCAGUCCUUGUCUCUCGCCAGUGUUUCUAUAAAGCCACGCUCAGGAAUAUGCCGCUUUACAAUACUCAGAAGGCUUGUUUUGAGCUCUGUUCAGAUAUUUGGAGAUUUUCCAGGCUUGCUUGCAAAAUGUUCAAGACUUGAGGACUUAGAGAUCAAAUGGUGUUCUGGUGUGGAUGACUUAAUCGUACCACACACACUCGAUAAACUUCAACAUUUGCUGAUUGCCGGAAUGGACGUCCAGAUGGUUGAGUUUCAUGCUACUGAUCUUGCUCACUUUGAGUACAAAGGCCGAGUAACCCCUAUAGUGCUUCAUGGUUGCUUAAAACUAGAGAAGGCAACAAUUGCGUUUGAGGCCUCUAAUGUACUGCCCCAUGCAUUCAAUGUAAUUCCAAGCAUUUCCCCAGUGAAGAUAUUAAUUGUGCGAGCUUUUAUAUCAAAAUAUGGACAGUCCCUGGAGCUGCCAUUAAGACCACAGGGCAUGUUUAUGCAUCUGAGGCAUAUGACUUGUAAAAUUAUCGUCCUUGCUAGAGAUGUAAAUGACUAUAAUGGAGUUCUUCAACUGGCCCAUUGGUUGGACAGUGCACCGCGACUGGAGACAUUGGACUUGCAUCUUCCAAUGCAGAUGUCCUAUCUGAGGUCCGGUGCUUUCGUAAGUGCCGAGGUGGCGGGAGUGGAAGCUCCCUGUAUGCGUCGCCAUGAUCAUCUCAAGACGGUCUUCAUGAGUGGGUUUCAGUGUUACAAGUCUCAGAUUGAGCUGGCGUGCUGUAUCCUGGGAAAUGCUUCUGUUCUUGAGCAGCUGACAGUAGAAGCAAUAUGGGGUGAUGAUGAUUACAGGCGGAUCUGUGAAUGGGCAGAGGUAACCUCGAAGCGCUUUGGUAAGGUGAUCACUGUCUUAGAUGCCCCCCUUAACAGUGAGUAAACCAAUCCUUUUCGCAUGUACACGCUGUCAAUUAAUCUCGUGUAGUCUGCAGUAUGCAGCAUUCAGUGUAGCUGGGAGAAUGCCCCUCUAGACUGUACUGACUGUUUUGGUGUCUACAAAUGGAAUCUGUAGGGCUUUUGCCCCUCUUAAUAAAAAACAAGUAAUCUCUGGUUCAUCGUAGCAAAAAAAAUCUUGUUCUGCCUUUUA